GCAUGCACCGUCCCGGAUGUGACGCAACAUCAAAACAUGAAAGACUCACUUCUAUUGGAUGAUGCUGGAAAGUGAUGACUGGUGUUGUUUUCAAAAGCUAAUGAACCGCAGGAGAGCACCUCGUCGCAUCUCUCACUCUCAGAGGAGGGGUGCACCAUCAGGAGGAGAAUGGAGACAGAGGAGAGAGGAAAACUGGCAGGGCCAGUGCAAAGCAUGGGUGGGAGAAGUGGAGGAGGAUGAGAGCCGUGAACGACACGUUAAAGAAACAGUGCCAAGGGGAACAUGCCAGACCAUGUGUCCUGCUCGAGAGCUGCGGGAGCGCGAGGCGCAGAACUGCCUUCAUCGAUUUGAGACGUUAGCAGGUACUGAAAGAGACAGGCGGCCAAAGGGAGACCCUUUGCGUGCUGUCAAAGAGUACUCCAGACCAGCCGCAGGGAAAGACUCAACAAAACCCACUGACCUACGUCCACCUGCUGUGUUGCUGAAAACUGUGUGCUACCUCAUUGAUGAUGUUGCUGCAUCACUAGACCUGCAGCCUUGGAUUGAGGUGUACAGCUUUGUCUUUGAUCGACUGCGAGGUGUGAAACAGGACAUGAUCAUCCAGAGGGUAUCGGGGUUAGACUGCGUGGCUGUCUUGGAGCCUACAGUGCGUUUUCUAAUAUAUUCUUCUUACCGGCUCUGUGGUGAGCCACUGCGGCUCUAUGACCCACGCAUUAACGACACCCACCUACAGGAGUAUUUGAGCUGGCUGUUGGAUUGCUACAAAACUGAAACAAGGCCGCUUCCCAACCAGGAGGAGUUCCAGGCUCUUGGUCUACUGUACAACUUAGGCUCUGCUCGUGUCGCUCAACACAUCAUGGAGCUCCCUGAGCUGCUGCGGAGCUCUCCUGCCAUCACACUUGCUCUUUCCAUCAACCGAGCUUUCCUGGAGAGAAACCCUGUACGUAUGCUGCGAUUGUCACAGAGGUUGAACUUCCUGCAGAGCUGUGCUGUGCACCGUCAUCUGGUGAUGUGUCGCAGAGAUCUACUGCUUAUAUACAGUCACGGACACAAUAGCCGCAACUGUCGCUUUCCUCUGGAGAGAGUGGCUCAGCUCCUGUCAUUGGACGAGUCACUCGCAGCCCAACUCUGUCAGACGUAUGGAGUGGAGGUGAACCAGGACGACCAAGUGGUUUUCUCCAAGGGUGCUUUUACUGAGCCUGAACAAGGAAAACUGCACUGCAGACUGUAUCACAACAUAGUGGCUGACAAACAGAGAGACCUUACUGUUGGGAGGAUCAUUCAUGGUUGCUCUUGAGGCAAAACUUGAAAUCCCUAACAAAAAAUAUGCAUUCUCUAUUUGUAUGGGAUAUUGUUUGUUUGCUCCUGUCCCCCCACAGUAAGAUCUCACUGGUGGACACUUCACUAAUGCAGCUUUCUACUUCUGCUAUCUUACUCUUGGAUUUGAGCUUUGAGGCUUCCCUGAAGGUUGCUGAGUGCCAGUGUGUUUUGAUCAUGAAAUGCUUUCACUUAUGUUCAAAAGCCAUACUCUACUUGAGAGAGGCUGGAUGAAGAGUAAUAUUCCCUUUUACUUCUGGGUGUGCUUUUUCAUCAUCAUCAUCAUCAUCAUCAUACAGGUGGUGCCUCAAUUACUUUAAAGAUGUGAAAAACUUAAUAUUGUUACUUUUAACGAUGUAGAAAUGUUUUUUUAUGCAGUUACAUGAUUUGUGAAAUAAUUAAAAACCUUACUGUGACAGAGUUGAUGACACUUCAAUAAAUUCUAUUUUUUGAAAA